UCCUCCUCUCAUCCCAUUCUUACAAAACCUAAAUUCUGCGCGGCUCCAAAUCCAUCUUGCUGCGUCACUUCUCUGUUCUCUCUCCGAUCAUAAAAUAUACCCGAGAUGGCCGAGGGAGGUUUUGAUGGACAUGAUAUAGGAUACGUACCUGACGACCCUGGUUUUCCUCAAAAUCAUUGUGAUGAUCAUGAUGUAGGAACUGUGAUUGAUAGCUCUGGAUUUCCCCACCUCCUAUCCGAUGAUCAUGAUGAAGUCAAUUUGGUGGAGGAUGUCAAUUUUGCUGAAAAUCAUUUUGAUGGACGUCAACAUGACGAUGGAGGGUUUCCCGGGGACGUGGAUUUUCCACAGCAGGAGCAUGUUGAGGAAGAUCAUGGAGCUGACAAUGUGACCGAGAAUUUUGAUUCUCCGCCGAAACAGGGAACCGAGAUUGAUUCUAAAGGCAAUGAAACAAAAAAGUGGCCGGGUUGGCCUGGAGAGAAUGUUUUCAGGAUGCUGGUUCCAGUGCAAAAGGUUGGCAGUAUCAUUGGUCGAAAGGGCGAGUUUAUAAAAAAAAUUACAGAAGAGAGUAAGGCGCGGAUUAAAAUUCUUGAUGGCCCACCUGGAAUCUCAGAAAGAGCAGUAAUGGUUUAUGCAAAAGAAGAGCAAGAUCAAAAACUAACGAAUGAUCUUGAUGGUUUGUUAAGGGUCCAUAAGCAAGUUAUCAAUGGAGACCGUGACCUUGGGGAUAGCACUUUGGCUACUGGACGUUCAGUUGUUACCAGGCUUCUAGUGGCAGAUACACAAGCAGGAAGCUUGAUUGGGAAGCAGGGUGCCACCAUAAAAGCCAUUCAAGAUGGCUCUGGUUGCACUAUACGUGUUCUUGGAUCAGAAAAUCUGCCAGUAUUUGCUUUGCGAGAUGAUAGUGUUGUUGAAAUACAAGGGGAAUCUGCUGGCGUUCACAAGGCAGUUGAACUUAUUGCAGUUCAUUUACGCAAGUUCUUGGUUGACCGCAGCAUAGUUGGAGUUUUUGAAACACAGAUGCAAAUGCCAGAUGUUAGAGUUAACCAGAAUGUGCCACCACAUCAAAAUUGGGGUCCUCCUCCUCAAGGGUUUCCUGUUCCUGGUGGUGGCGGCGGUGGAGGACCUGCUUUUGCACCAAAUCACCAAUACAUGCCACCUUCACAUCAUUAUGAUAGUUAUUACCCACCUGCUGAGUUGCCCCCCAUGGACAAGCACCUUCAUCAAGGUCCACCACCUGCCUAUGCAAGAGAUGCUUCUAUGGGAAUUCAUUCAUCAAAUGCACAACCACAACAAUCUGGUGCAACUAAGGUUACACAGCACAUGCAAAUUCCUCUUUCAUAUGCAGAUGCUGUUAUAGGAACAUCAGGAACAAAUAUUAGCUACAUUCGUCGUGCUAGUGGAGCAAGUAUUACAAUUCAGGAAACAAGGGGUGUGCCAGGGGAGAUGACUGUUGAGAUAAGUGGGACUUCUUCUCAAAUACAGGCAGCCCAGCAGCUGGUUCAGAAUUUCAUGGCUGAAGCUGCAAGUUUGGUACAGGAUCCUAUGGGGGGAUCAGUUAGCCAAGGUUACUCUGCCUAUCCAACCAAUGCUCCGGUUUAUGCAUCUCCACCCUCUAGCACUGGUGGUCAUACUGGCCUCGCGCCAUCUGCAGAUUAUGGCUCCAUAUAUGGUACCAAUUAUGGGUAUUAAGAGGCUUGAUUUAAUUUUGGUUGAGUUGUGUAAAACUGUAAACUUUUUGUUCAGUUAUAGUUAUCGUGGGGUAUAUUUUCUAGGUUUAUGCUGUACCGGUUUUUAAUUUUUUUUGGUUAUUUUUUAUUUUUUAUUUCCAGGUAGUAGGUUAUUAUAAUUUAUAUUGUUGGUUGUCUUGUGAAUCUUAUGUGGGAGUUUGUUUUACUUAUUUUUUUGGUAUUAACAAUUUCAUCUCUUCCUAAAGGGAAAAAAAAUGUCA